UUUCGUACUCCAUAGAAGGUACUCCCCUAUGAUCUAGGGCAAUAAAGGUGCAACCUAGAAUUUGGUUCUUACCCUUGAAUCCACAGUGAUCUCAUGGUAACCGAACAAGUCAAAGCAACGACUAAGCACCUCUCUGGCGCGUAAAUGCGUAAUCAACGCGGUGAUGACAAAACAACACAACAAAACUUCAUCUAAAAUCAAUCAAUUACAAUAACAAACAAACAAAAAAAAACAACAAAUUUUACUCUUUCCAAUUUCUUCUUCACUUUUCUCACCAAUCUCCUCAACUUUAGAACCCAGAAAAUCCUUCCAAAUUCCCAGAUUUCAAUCUCCCAAAUCUUUCAUCUUUUCAGUUUUACACUAAACAUGGGGAUUUCAUUUUCUUCGGGAAGAAGAAACCAAAACCACCAUCAACACCACCAUCAUCCACCUUACUACCACCCAAAUCCACCGCCGCAACCGCCUCCACCACCGCCGUACUACUACCACCCAUCUGCCACCACUACUACUUCGGCUUCGGCCGCCGCAAUCGCUGAUCCUUCAACUCUUUCUCUCCCCCAUCCACCGCCGCCGCCGCCGCAACAAUCAUUGGAGAACAACUAUGUUUAUGUGUCUUCCACCCCAUACCCAACAACCCAUUACCAGUAUCAACACCCACCUGCAAUUCAGUCCAAUUAUUGCUAUUCUGGGUGGUCUAAUUCAUAUAAUUACCCAAAUCAGAUGAUGGGUCGUCCCAAUUUUCCUUAUAUUCCUGCUAAUUAUGGAAAUGGAAAUGGGUGGCAUCAGAUGAGGUACCCGGUUCCGCCAUCGCAGGUUCCGCCGCCUUAUGUUGAGCAUCAGAGUGCUAAGGUGGUUAAGAAUGAUGUUAAUGUUCAUAAAGAUACUAUUAAGCUUCAAGUUGAUGAGAAUUACCCUGAUCAUUUCUUGGUUUCUUUUGUUUUUGAUGCGCAUUAUGAUGGCAGCAUUACUAUCUAUUACUUUGCAAAGGAGGACAAAGAGACCUGUACCUUUACUCCAGCAUAUCCUGAGGCAAUCAGUUCAGUUAAAGUCCCUUUCCAGAAGGGGGUCGGGCAGAGAUUUUGCCAGGCUACUGGCACGGGAGUGGACUUGGGAUUCUUUGAUCUGGAAAGUCUUGGGAAGCCAUCAGAAGAUGAUGUCUUUCCACUUGUCAUAUAUGCUGAAGUAUACUCCUCAUCUCACGAUGCAGAUAAUGUGGCAGGAGAAUCUCUAGUAGAGGAUUCUCCCAGGGUACAGGUUACUCAAGCUAUUAUUGAGAAAAAGAAUGAAGGUUCCUUUCAAGUGAAAGCAAUCGGGCAAAUUUUAUGGAUCGAUGGUGUUCGUUAUGAACUUCGUGAUUUAUAUGGAAUAGGAAAUUCAUCUUCAGAAACCUUUAAUGAUGAUGAACCAGGGAAAGAGUGUGUAAUAUGCAUGACAGAGCCCAAGACUACAGCUGUAAUGCCUUGCCGGCAUCUGUGUAUGUGCAGUGAGUGUGCCAAAGAGCUGGGGUUACAGUCAAAUAAAUGCCCAAUUUGUCGUCAACCAAUUACCGAGCUUAUUGAGAUCAAGAUUAACAAUACUAGUUGCCAAUGAUCUCCUAAAGUCCCUUUUUUCAUCUUGGGAUUUGCCUAUAUGGUGCUGAAAUUGUUCACAGUUCUCCCCACUUACCUUUUGUAAAUGUAUCUAUCCUUGUAAUAUAUCUAUAGUUGUAUGCGACGUAGUGUGUCUAUCAAAUUUAUGUUCAUUCUUUACGUGUCAAUGUGUGUUCUUUGAUGCUGUAAUUCAAUUGAUAUAACUUUUGCCUUUGCAAUUUUCUGUGUCUAUCGUCUCAUUUUCUUACUCUAGUAUAGCUUUUGAGGAGAAUUAGAGCUCUCUUUUAUCAGCUCGCCAAGCUAAUGAUAGGUUGUUUCAAGUAGAUUGAUGAAGGUUUUCUACCAUAGAGAUCUCUGUUUGCUUUCAGGAAAAUAUUAUUAACCUGGUUUGUUUAGAAAGAGAAAUUAUUAUGUGGA